AUGUUCAGCUGUUCUUCCCUGUUCUCGCCACCACAAAUUGUCCGCUUGCUAAGCGAUGUGUCAUUCGAGGCCGUUUCUGGAGGAGUUCACGCCUUGGUUGGUACUGCCGGCAGCGGCAGGAAUCUGCUUCUAGAGGUUAUCAGCGGUUCAGCAGAUGGCGACACUGCAGGCAGCAUACAGCUCAACAACUACCUCCUUAGUAGCGAAAGAUAUCAACAAGUGUGCUCGUUUCUGUCCGGUCGUCAGUGGUGUCCAGGCUUCAUGACAGUGCGCUCAUUUCUCUAUUACACCGCUGCUCUAACCUUCGACAGCUUCCUUCCGAGAAAAGAAAUUGACAAAAGGGUGCACAUGUUAAUGCGCCAAUUUGAUCUGCUGGGAUACGGCCAUGAAAAACUUCUGAACUUAUCUCCUAGUGCUCAGAGACGAGCCCUCAUCGCUAACGCUCUCGUAAAAGAUCCAGUGUUGUUAAUCGUAGAGGAUCCGUGUGACGGUUUGGAGCCGAUCUCCAGUUUUCAACUGAUGUACUGCUUGCGAAACUAUGCAGCUGAACACAAUCGUAUUGUGCUUGUAUCUCUCAGCAAUCCCCGGUCUGAUCUCUGUCAGUUAAUUUCUAGUGUAACCAUAUUAUUCCGCGGAGCAGUACUCUACUCAGGUAAGAGAAUUUAUGUGAAGUUAUCUAUUUGA